AUGAGGAGUCAGCGUCUUAAGUUGGGCUUCCUCUGCAGCAGAGGGGAAAGGAGGCUCGACCUAAAGUCCAUAACUCCGGGUUCUUGCGUGAGCUCUUGGGACUUCUAUGUGGAUCCAUGCGACCACCUCUUAACAAACCGCUUCACUUGCGGCUUCAGAUGCGACCGGCUCGUCUCCGGUUUCUCCCGGGUCACCGAGAUAACCCUCGACCCGACCGGAUACUCGGGCUUUCUCGGCUCGACCGUCUGGAACCUUCCUUACCUCCAAAAACUCGACCUCUCCGACAACUCCUUCCACGGUCCCAUUCCCGAUUCCCUUUCCAACUUGACCGGUCUGAACCGGCUUUGCCUCUCCAUGAACUUGUUCACCGGUCCGGUCCCUGGCUUGCUCGGCUCCCUCUCUCUUCUCGAAGAGCUCUACCUCGAUAACAACUUCCUCGUGGGACUUCCUUCGAGCUUCAACGGUCACGUAAGCUUGAAGCGGCUCGAGCUCCAACGAAACAACCUCUCCGGUGAGAUUCCCAAUCUAGGCUCGCUCAAGAAUCUGUAUUACCUCGAUUUGAGUGAAAACAGAUUCUCCGGCGAAGUUCCGGCUACUUUGCGGACCUCACUGGUGGAGCUCUCUCUCCGAAACAACAGCCGGUACGGAAUCCUCCCGAAUAGCCUGGGCAGUUUGGUAACUUUACAGGUUUUGGGUCUGAGUUACAACGAGUUAAGCGGGCGAGUGAGAUCGUUCCUCUUCGAUCAUCCUUCGCUGCAACAAUUGACGCUCUCUCACAACAGAUUCUCCUCCUUGGAAGUAGUAGAUAAUGGGGGUGUCAAUAGUAGAUUGAUAGCUCUUGAUCUGAGCCACAACGAACUCCAAGGUCUUUCGCCGGCGUUUAUGGGGUCGAUGACGGAACUCUCGGCUUUGUCGGUGGAGCACAACAAGUUUACGGGGAUGAUUCGGCCGCAAUACGCCGUCAAAGCGGCGGUUCGCGGGCCCGGAACGUCGCCGUUUCAGAGGCUCUUGCUGGGCGGGAACUACUUGUUUGGGCCUAUCCCUGGGCCCUUAUUGGGCCUGAAGGAGGGCUACGUUAACGUCAGCUUGGUGGAUAAUUGCUUGUACUGGUGCCCUGACAUGUUCUUCUUUUGUAAAGCUGCGGAUCAGAAGUCUUUGGUGGAUUGUAAGAGUUUUGGGUUCUAUAGUCCUUGAUACAUACAUUGCUGAGUUUUCUGUAAACUUUAAAAAUAAAGAAAGAAAACAAUUUUUUUU